AUGGGCGGGGUGACGUCAUCGAUCGCAGCUAAGUUCGCGUUCUUCCCGCCGACCCCUCCGUCGUACACGGUUGUGGCUGAAGAGUCGUGUGGUGGAGCUCUUUCCAUACCGGAGGUACCACGGAGGGAUGACGUCGAAGUUUUGAAGCUAAGGACCCGACGGGGCAAUGAUAUCGUGGCGGUGCACGUCACUCACCCCAAGGCCAACGCUACACUGCUAUACUCCCACGGAAACGCCGCCGAUUUGGGGCAGAUGUAUGAAUUAUUCGUGGAGCUCAGCCUUCGCCUACGCGUAAAUCUCAUGGGAUAUGAUUAUUCGGGCUACGGACGUUCCACUGGAAAGCCAACUGAAUGUAAUACCUACGCAGACCUUGAUGCUGUAUAUAAAUGCCUCAAGGAGCAGUAUGGGGUUAAAGACGAACAAAUAAUACUCUAUGGUCAGUCUGUUGGUAGUGGUCCCACUGUUGAUCUUGCAUCACGUGUACCAAACUUGAGAGGGGUUGUUUUACAUAGCCCAAUUCUGUCUGGGUUAAGGGUGUUGUACCCUGUAAAACGGACAUAUUGGUUUGAUAUAUACAAGAAUAUUGACAAAAUUGGGGCAAUAAACUGUCCAGUUCUUGUCAUUCAUGGAACGGCAGAUGAAGUUGUUGAUUGCUCCCACGGGAAGCAGCUUUGGGAGCUUUGCAAGGUAAAGUAUGAACCUCUAUGGAUAAACGGAGGUGGACAUUGCAAUCUGGAACUUUAUCCCGAGUUCAUUAAACAUCUGAAAAAGUUUGUGCUGGCUCUUGGGAAAUCAAAGCCACCUAUUGAUGGUUCUAAAACGGCAUCAUUAGACUCUGACAAUGAGAAUAAAUCAGCCACUAGCAAUACCACAGACACAUUGCAAACAGAUCUACCGGAUUUAUCUAGGAACAGUUUGGAUAGUCGACUUGACAAGUCAAAGAAGUUGAGCAAGCCUGAAAAGUCUCGAAUGAGUACAGACCGCUUUGACAGGAUGCUCUUGCAAGUGGCUUCUUGUUGCAGUGGUCUGCCAAUAGUACCAUCUGCCAAAAUUGCGUCAGCUCAGAUAGGCUUUGUGGGAGUACUCGGGAUUCUACCUUGUUUGCUUGUUAUUGUGCUGAUCGAUCUCAUGAGUUACUUGCAACAACAGGAACGGAGAACGAUCAAAAAAUGGAAAUAUUUCCACUUGACCACGGAUAUCUUGCUCUGA